UCUAUCCAUUAAUUAUACUAUUACUGUAUCCUGACAGAACUCUCUUCUAACAAUGUCACCUAUUUUCCUUCUCCUUGUCUUAAUCCUGCAAACAUAUUUAUGUUCCUUUCAAUCUCUCGCCCAAAAAUGUCCUCUGCCUCCAAGAUGUCCUCCGAUUUCACCGCCACCACGUCCUCGUCCUUUCCCUCGUGUCCGCCCUCGACCGCCUUUAUACCCUCCUUCACGCCAUCUCAUGCCUCGCCAACCUGCCGCAAAUCCUGGACCCUUAUCUAGUAGAACUAGAAUUCUGUUUAUCACUCAGCAACUUAAACGGAACAUUACGUCUGACCCUAAAGGCUACACUGCCACAUGGGUCGGAAACAAUUACUGCCUCUUUAAAGGGUUCUUUUGCGAUACGGUUCCUGACAGGAACAUCACCGGACUCGCUUCUGUCGAUUUUAACGGGGCUAAUUUUGGCGGUAACUUGAAUUUCUAUCAUUUUAUCAUGAAUUUGCCUGAUAUAGCCAUUUUCCAUGCGAAUUCUAACAAUUUCAGUGGCCCAAUUAGUCCAAACCUCAGUCAGUUGCGGUACUUCUAUGAACUUGAUUUGAGUAACAACAAUUUCAAAGGAGGAUUUCCAACAAAUGUUCUUGCAGUACAAAGGUUAAAAUUUGUAGACAUUCGUUUCAACAAUUAUCUCGGUUCUGUUCCAGCUCAAGUAUUCAAUAUCGACACGGAUGUUCUUUUCAUAAACAAUAAUAAUUUCAAUCAGACAAUCCCCACAAACUUCGGCAAUACUCCAGCACUGUAUCUCACAAUAGCUAACAACAAAUUUACAGGAUCCAUCCCAAGAAGUAUCGGCCGAGCCUGGAAUACUCUGACAGAGGUCGUGUUCUUAGGCAACGGCUUGACAGGCUGUUUACCAUUCGAAAUCGGCUACUUGCAGAAGGCGACAUUGUUGGAUGUUGGCAGAAACUUACUCACGGGUCCAAUUCCUCAAUCUUUUGGCUGCUUGGCGAAAUUGGAGUACUUAAAUAUGGGUCAUAACAUGUUUUACGGGCCAAUACCUGAGGUUUUAUGCAGGCUGCCAAAUGCAUUUAAUUUUACACUGACUUAUAACUAUUUCACUCAAGUUGGUCCACAAUGCAGGAUUCUGAUAAGAGCAAGAAGAUUAAAUGUGAAUAAUAAUUGCAUUUUAGGGUUGCCUAAUCAAAGACCAGCGGCGGAAUGUGCGAGGUUUUUUGCGAAGACGAGGAGUUGUGCUCGUGAGACUAGUUUUUCUAUUAUUCCAUGUAGUCUUCCUGCUACUUCCAUGAAAAUACAGUCACCUCCUGCUGAAAAUGAAGCUCCUCCUGCUCCACAAACCUAUAAGGCCCUGGAAAAACCUUCUCACCAUUGAUUGGUGGAUUCAUGUUAGAGAUUGUUGUGGUUUAGGUAUUGCAUUGUGUUUGAUGUUUGUUAGUGUUUUAUUUAGGACGUGCAAUUACUUAUAUAUCUGCAAAUUGUUGUUUUUUCCAACUUCUUCGCUGUCUUCAACAUUAUUAUCUACUGUUGGUACACACAAAAUUAAGUUGAAAUUUUCCUCUUUUCUCUU